CAAUUUUCUGCCAGUUCUGGCCACCUCUCUUCCUCUGGAACAUGCUGAUUUCAGCAAGUCCAGCUCUGUCCGUUCUCCCUCCCGAGUCUAUUGGUUUCUGAUCAUCUGAUAAUGUUUUGACCACACUCAGGACCCGUCUUUGUCCCUCCUCUUAACAUACUUGCAGCUCAAACUAAAUAUUGCUGCCUGGGGGCCUCCUUCCAGCCUUAAAUUUCAGCUCAUCAUCUUCAGCUGCCUUGGUCAUGGCUCUGCUAUUCUCCUUGAUCCUUGCCAUUUGCACCAGACCUGGAUUCCUAGCGUCUCCAUCUGGAGUGCGGUUGGUGGGGGGCCUCCACCGCUGUGAAGGGCGGGUGGAGGUGAAACAGAAUGGCCAGUGGGGCACCGUGUGUGAUGACGGCUGGGACAUUAAGGAUGUGGCUGUGGUGUGCCGGGAGCUGGGCUGUGGAGCUGCCAACGGAACCCCCAGUGGUAUUUUAUAUGAGCCACCAGCAGAAAACGAGCAAAAGGUCUUCAUCCAAGGGGUCAGUUGCACAGGAACAGAAGAUACACUGGCUCAAUGUGAGCAAGAAGAAGCUUACAAUUGUUUACAUAAUGAAGAUGCUGGGGCAUUGUGUGAGAACCCAGAGAGCCCUUUAUCCCCAGUGCCAGAGAAUGUCAGGCUGGCUGAUGGCCCUGGGCAUUGCAAGGGACGCGUGGAAGUGAAGCACCAGAAGCAGUGGUAUAGUGUGUGCCAGACAGGCUGGAGCCUCCGGGCCGCAAAGGUGGUGUGCCGGCAGCUGGGAUGUGGGAGGGCUGUACUGACUCAAAAACGCUGCAACAAGCCUGCCCAGGGCCAAAGAUCCAUCUGGCUGAGCCAGAUGUCAUGCUCAGGACGAGAAGCAACCCUUCAGGAUUGCCCUUCUGGGCCUUGGGGGAAGAGCACCUGCAUCCAUGAUGAAGACACGUGGGUCGAAUGUGAAGAUCCCUUUGACUUGAGACUAGUAGGAGGAGACAAGCUCUGCUCUGGGCGACUGGAGGUGCUGCACAAGGGCGUAUGGGGCUCUGUCUGUGAUGAUAACUGGGGAGAAAAGGAGGACCAGGUGGUAUGCAAGCAACUGGGCUGUGGGAAGUCCCUCUCUCCGUCCUUCAAAGACCGGAAAAGCUAUGGCCCUGGGGUUGGCCGCAUCUGGCUGGAUAAUGUUCAUUGCUCAGGAGAGGAGCAGUCCCUGGAGCAGUGCCAGCACAGAUUUUGGGGAUAUCACGACUGCACCCACCAGGAAGAUGUGGCUGUCAUCUGCUCAGGAUAACAUCCUGGUGUUCUUGAUGCUUGACCUGGCCCCACUAGCCCUGCCUGCCCUCUGCUUGUUCUCCUGAGCCCUGAUUAUCCUUGUACUCAUUCUGGGGCUCAAGCUUGAGCCACUACUGCCUCAUCCCCUCAGGAGUCUGAAUACUGGGCUUAUGCCUUGUUCUCAGGGACAAGCAGCCCCCAUUGCUGCCUGUAGAUGUGAGCUGUUGAGUUCCCUCUUGCUGGGGAAGAUGAGCUUCCACGUGUCCUGUGCUCACUUCUGACCCCUUGACGUUGGUUCUGGCCUUUCAUGCCUCUUCCCAAGCUGCCUGGAAUCCUCAGACCUGUCACUUUGACCGAAUGUACAGACCAUUACUAAGGCAAGAUCUAUGUCUGCAAACAACAUUAAAGAAAUGAAACAAUGAAAGGAACAUUUGCAGGAAAAUGUGGAUAGACAUUUUCUUGAAACUUGGGGGAAAGCUUAGAAUUCUUUUGAUUGAACUACUUUUUUUUCUCCUCAAGUUUCAGGUGAUCAUAAUAGCAACACCUCACUAUUCUGUUACUUCUUAGUGUAAGUAGACAAUACUUUCAGGAGCAGAGCAGUGUCCUAUAAUCUUAGACCUUUUCAUGACACUUAAAAAACGAUGUUUCAUCCUCUGAUUGCCGCAGUAAAAAUCUUUGUUUUCCAUCCCUGUACAACCUG